AUGGCGAGAGAUUUUGGCCCUCUAGUUGGUGCCCAUGUCGAUGAUGCAGGUAUUGCGUUGGAGAGCUCGGGUGGCCUACUUUUGCUCGGCAUGAUCAUCAUGUCCCUCUCAAUUAUAUCCAUGCUCAUCUUUGCUUGUGCUGAUGAUAACUCUGGAAAACGUCGCAAGAGGAAAGGCGAUGCCGGUCCCGAUUGCGGCGAUGAAUGUAUCAAUUGUGGAUGUGGUCCAUGUGGAGGUGGUGGCAAUUGUGGUGGUGAUGGUGGUGCUGGUGGUUGUGGCGGAGGUGGUGGUGGUGGUGGUUGUGGCGGCGGCGGCGGUGGCGGCGGAUGUUGA